AUGGCAGAAGCUUCUGUUCCUCAAGAUCUUUCGUCUUAUGAGUACGAACCUUCCUGUCCUUUGCCCAGUGGAAGAGAAGCCAGGGACCACGUUAUAAGCAAAGGACCUUGCCAGCCAAGAGAUAUAAAUUUUCCUUUGGAUAACCGGAAUCGUAAGUUUCUAGUAUCGUGGUAUGAGAAAUUUCCUUGGUUAGAGUAUUCUGUCUCGUUGGAUAAAGCUUUUUGUUUCGUCUGCAGAGUGUUCAACGCACAGGUGAGUUAAUUGUGUGAUUUGCGCUUUAAUUAUUUUCCUAAGUUAGUCCUAACCUUGUUAAGUUGUUUACACUUAAUGCGUACCGUUUAAUUUGCAAUUAUACAUGGACCAUGGCCCUGGUAGUGUUUAAUUAUAUAUCAAAAUGCGAUGUGUAAUACUCAAUACUGUUGUUUUAAAUAAUUACUAAUUAUCGCAAAAGUAUGAAAAGUUCCACAAACAAACUAUAAUUCAUCCUCUCUGUAUCGUCAAAUAGUUGAUAUGUAUUAUAAAAAUACAAGAAACGCUUCUUAUAUUAUGACAACGUAAAACAAUGACAUUUGUCUUCUUUGCAUGCAGACGUCGUCAAGGAGUGAACCUACCUUCAUCAAAACUGGUUUUAGUAACUGGAAAAAGAGCGAAGUCUUCGCAAAGCACGAGAAGUCAGAUUGCCACAAGCAUUCACUUCAAGCUCAUCGUCACUGGAAAUCCCAGAAGCCAAUACAUCAUCAAAUAGACGAAGAAAAUGAGAGACAAGAGUCAUAUCGUCAACAAAAUGUACGUAUUGCCAUUUGCCAAAUAUAUAUAACUUUGACAGGCCAUCUGUGCACAACAUUACAGACGAAGUAAGCGUGUGAAAACGCCAGUUUUGCAUAAAAAUGUCGGUGAUAUGGUGGUAAUCCUGGUAAUACGUUUAUUCCUAAGAAACAAUUGAGUGACGCGUAUAAAGUUAACACAGUUAGGAUUUUUUAAAAAUUGUAUCCUUUUAUUUUCAGGUAAAAAAGAACCGAACUGUAAUUGGUAAGAUCAUUGAUGUUGUUCGACUUCUUGGAAAACUGAAUUUACCAUUUAGGGGACACCGCGAGGAUAAGAAUUCUUUAAACAAAGGGGUGUUUAAAGAAUUUCUUGAACAUAUAGCAAAGUCUGAUUCUCUUAUUGAAGAUCAUUUACGAAAUUCUGCAGGUAACUAUAUCAUUCACUGGUUCAGUAACGUUAAGGUUACUACGAAUUUUCGGUGGAAUAUAGGGAUAUAUGAAACUGCAUGAUAAUAGAAUGGAAUAAGGAAUAAUAAAGAUAAACUGAAGUCGUAAUUAUGAUAAUUCUGUAAUUAUUUCUUUUUAUCGAUUUCAGAAAACGCUAAAUACACUAGCCCUGAGAUCCAAAAUCAGUUGAUCAAGGUGGUUGGUUCAGCUAUAUUAGACGAAAUCAUACGUCGUGUCAAAGGAGCCGAGAUGUAUGCAAUCAUUGCAGAUGAGACACCAGAUCUUAGUAAAACGGAACAGUUAGCUGUACUUGUUCGCUAUGUCUGGAAUGGAGUGAUAGAAGAACGUCUUUUAGCUGUAGAACCUAUGGAAGAAACCACAGCUGAAGCGCUUUCCAUACCAUCCGAGAGAAAUUACAACAGUGUGGGAUAG